AUGGAUCCCAAGGAAGAAAAAGUGAAAAUAAUUACAGAGGAGUUCAUUGAAAAUGAUGAGGAUGCAGAUGUGGGAAGAAAGAAGAAGACUUCAAAGACUCAAAGACAAAAAGGAAAGAAACAGCCUCCCACCCUCUGCCUGCAGCUGCGCACUGCUGACCCCGAGGAAAUGGUGUCUGGAAAGCCCGAUGGUGGCAGCCAGCAGGGGCCUGCGCAGGAGGAUCCCGACCCCGACACCCACCUUCUGAGCUUGCCCGCCCGACGAGGCCCACGGAGCUUACCGCCACUUCCUUCAGCUUCUAGAACGGGCUUUGCAGAAUUUUCCAUGAGGGAGCGCAUGAGGGAGAAAUUGAAAGCUGCGAGGUCCAAAGCAGAAAGUGCGUUGCUCCAGGAAAUCCCCACCCCGCGGCCCAGGCGCUUACGAAGCCCCAGUGAGAAAGAACUGGAGACUGAAUUUGGUGCGGAGCCAGGGAGAGAGACCCAAAGGACUGCACAAGACAAUGACUCCCAAAGUUAUUCAAGAGUCAAGUUCCGUGACUGUGUCCGAAAAAUCAAGUCUAAACCCCCGCCUCCGCCUGGCUUCCCUUCUGCCGAAGAAGCCUAUAACUUCUUCACCUUCACCUUUGAUCCCGAACCAGAGGAAUUGGAGGAAAAACCAAAAGCAAAACCUAGAGAGGGAGCCAAUCAAGAGGAGGUGGAGGGAGAGGAAGAAGGGCCACCUGUUCAAGGAGUAAGCAAAACGGUAUUUAAUAUUGUGAUGGAUGAGGAAGAGCUGCUUAAUGGCAGAGAUGCGGAGGGUUUCCUCUUGGGCUUAGAUCACGGGGCUGAAGAUUUCGUGGCAGUGAGACCUGCCUAUUAUGAAAGCGUCCACGUUCAGCUGCAGAAGGAGAAAGAACUCCUAUUCACACCCAGUAGGCGGACAGUGCCCACGUAUAAGAAGCUUCCUGAGAACGUGCAGCCCAGGUUCCUGGAGGACGAAGGCCUGUACAUUGGAACCAGGCCCGAGGUGCCGCGGGCCAUGCAGAACAUCGUGGAGAACAGGCUGCUGGCGCAGGAGCCCGACAGAAGGUGGUUCGGAGAUGACGGCAGAAUCUUAGCCCUGCCCAACCCCAUCAGGCCUUCCCCUUCCCGGCCGCCAGCCUUGACCCAGGAGCAAGACAUUCACGCAGAGCUCGAAACGCUGUAUAAGAAGGCGGUCAGAUAUGUGCAGAGGACUCAACAUAUGAUUGGAUCUGGAGACCUUCCUGAAAAUUUCCAAUUGGACAUUGAUAUUUCAGGAUUAAUCUUUACCCAUCAUCCGUGUUUUAGCCGAGAGCAUGUUUUGGCAGCCAAGCUGGCCCAGUUAUAUGACCAGUACCUUGCAAGAAGCCAGAGAAACAAGGCACAAUUUCUUACUGAUAAGCUCCAAGCUUUAAGAAAUGCUGUUCAGAUGGGCCUUGAUCCAGAAAAAUCUCAUAGGUCUGUUGAUAUAACCCCAAAAGCCAUCAAUGAGUACAAAUCUGAAAUUCGGCAAACAAGAAAACUCCGUGACGCUGAACAAGAAAUAGAUCGAACGUUGCUUAAGACCAUCAUAAAAGUCUGGAAAGAAAUGAAGUCCCUGCGAGAGUUCCAAAGGUUUACAAACACGCCCUUGAAACUUGUUUUGAGAAAGGAAAAAGUGGACCAAAAAGCAGACAAAGAAGCAUAUGAAGCAGAAAUUCAAACUGAAAUAAGCGAAUUGCUGGAAGAACACUCGGAAGAGUUCGAGCAGAAGAUGGAAGAAUACAGAACCGAGUAUCAGCAGUGGAAAGCCUGGAAGAAAGCUCAGAGGGCCAAGAAAAAGAAAAAGAAACAAGCAUCCGAAGAACACCAUGAGGAGGAGGUGGAGGAGCCAUCUCCUGGGGAGGGUCCCAUGAAACCCAUCCCCCCAGAGCCCACCCGGCAGGCAGUGCUGGAGCAGCAGGUGCGGGAGAGAGCAGCCCGGAGCAGGAGGAGGCCCGGGGAGCCCAUGCUGGUCCCAGAGCUGAGCCUAGCUGGGAACGUGACACCCAACGACCAGUGUCCCAGGGCAGAGGUCUUACGAAGGGAAGAUGUCAAGAGGCGCUCGGUGUAUUUAAAGGUGAUCUUCAAUGACAAGGAGGUGUCCAGGACCGAAGGGCGGCCACUCGGGGCAGACUUCCGAGUUCACUUUGGACAGAUUUUCAGUUUGCAAAUAGUCAACUGGCCAGAGAGUUUAACGCUGCAGGUCUAUGAAACGGUGGGGCACAGUGGCACCACCUUGCUAGCGGAAGUGUUUCUGCCUAUUCCUGAAACCACCGUUGUCACUGGGAGGGCGCCCAUCGAGGAAGUGGAGUUCAGCAGUAACCAGCACGUGGCCCUGGACCACGAGGGAGUUGGAAGUGGCGUGCCCUUGUCAUUUGAAGCUGACGGCAGUAAUCAGCUGAUCCUGAUGACCUCGGGGAAAGUGUCCCACAGUGUGGCCUGGGCCGUUGGGGAGAAUGGGACGCCUUUAAUCCCUCCACUGUCACAGCAGAACAUGGGAUUCAGGAGCGCUUUGAAAAGAGCAGAUGCCAUCUCAUCUAUCGGCACCUCAGGACUGACGGACAUGAAAAAGUUGGCCAAGUGGGCAGCAGAGUCCAAGCUGGAUCCGAACGACCCCAACAACGCCCCUCUGAUGCAGCUGAUCUCGGUUGCUACCAGUGGCAAAUCCUACGUCCCCGAUUUCUUUCGCCUGGAACAGCUGCAGCGGGAAUUUAACUUCGUUUCAGAUGAGGAACUGAAUAGAGCCAGACGAUUCAGGCUCCUGUGUCUCAGAAGCCAAGAGGUGCCAGAAUUCCGAAAUUAUAAGCCAAUCCCAGCAUAUGACCGAGAAAUCAUGGAAAAGGUAUUCCAGGACUAUGAGAAGCGGUUACGAGACAGGAAUGUCAUUGAGACCAAGGGCCACAUAGAUAGCCACCGGGCGGUAGUAGCCAAGUACCUCCAGCAGGUUAGGGAGUCUGUGUUAAAUCGUUUCCUAAUUGCAAAACACCAUUUUCUUCUUACGGAUUUGAUAGUUGAAGAAGAAGUUCCCAAUAUCAGCAUUUUGGGCCUAAGCCUUUUCAAGCUGGCAGAACAAAAGCGACCCCUGAGGCCAAGGAGAAAAGGUCGGAAGAAGGUGACAGCCCAAAACUUGUCCGAUGGAGACAUAAAGCUGCUGGUGAACAUCAUCCGGGCCUAUGACAUUCCUGUGAGGAGACCAACCGCAAGCAAAUUCCAGCAGCCAUCAAGGUCUUCAAGAACUUUCAGGGAAAGGCACGCUGCUUCCCCAACCACACACAGCCCAACCCACAGUGCCGACUACCCCCUCGGCCAGGUUUUAGUACGUCCUUUUGUAGAAGUCUCUUUUCAACGAACAAUUUGCCACACCACGACAGCCGAAGGACCAAACCCCAGCUGGAAUGAAGAACUUGAACUUCCAUUUAGGGCCCCAAAUGGGGACUACAGCAUGACCAGCUUGCAGUCAGUGAAAGACGACGUGUUCAUUAACAUUUUUGAUGAAGUGCUGUUUGAUGUCUUAGAGGAUGACCGGGAAAGAGGAAGCGGAAUCCACACGCGUAUUGAGAGACACUGGCUGGGAUGUGUGAAAAUUCCAUUUAGCACGAUAUAUUGCCAAGCAAGGAUCGACGGGACGUUUAAAAUAGACAUCCCCCCUGUUCUCCUGGGCUACAGCAAGGAGCGGAGCGUGCUCGCCGAGAGGGGCUUUGACUCUGUCCGCAGCCUCAGCGAAGGCUCCUACAUCACCCUCUUCAUCACCAUCGAGCCUCAGCUGGUUCCCGGGGAGUCGGUGCGAGAAAAGUUUGAUUCUCAGGAAGAUGAGAAAUUGCUCCAAGCAACAGAGAAGUUUCACGCUGAGUGCGCCUUAAAGUUCCCAAAUCGGCAGUGCCUUACCACAGUGAUCGACAUAAGUGGGAAGACGGUUUUUGUUACUCGUUAUCUCAAGCCUUUAAACCCUCCUCAGGAGCUUCUUAAUGCUUAUCCCAACAACCCACAGGCCACCGCAGAACUGGUGGCUCGGUAUGUGUCACUGAUUCCCUUCCUGCCGGACUCGGUUUCGUUUGCGGGCCUCUGUGACCUGUGGAGCACGUCUGAUCAAUUCCUGGACCUCCUGGCAGGAGAUGAAGAAGAACAUGCAGUAUUACUAUGCAACUAUUUUCUCUCCCUGGGGAAGAAGGCCUGGCUCAUGAUGGGCAAUGCCAUUCCCGAGGGCCCAACUGCCUAUGUGCUAACUCGGGAGCAAAGCCACUACUUAAUAUGGAACCCCUGCAGUGGACAUUUUUAUGGACAAUUUGAUACAUUCUGUCCCCUAAAAAGUGUGGGCUGUUUAAUAGGUCCUGAAAAUAUUUGGUUUAAUAUUCAACGAUAUGAUUCCCCACUAAGGAUAAAUUUUGAUGUCACCAAGCCCAAGCUAUGGAAAUCUUUCUUUUCAAGAAGCCUUCCAUACCCUGGCCUUUCCAGUGUUCAGCCGGAAGAGCUUGUUUACCAGCGCACAGACAAGGCGGCCGCAGCCGAGCUACAGGACAGGAUUGAAAAAAUACUAAAAGAAAAAGUCAUGGACUGGAGGCCACGGCACCUGACGCGGUGGAACAGGUACUGCACCUCCACGCUGCGCCACUUCCUGCCUCUGUUAGAAAGCAGCCGAGGGGAGGAAGUAGAAGAGGACCACAGAGCGGAGCUGCUGAGACAGCUGGGGGACUACAGGUUCUCUGGAUUUCCCCUUCACAUGCCCUAUUCUGAACUGAAGCCUUUAAUUGAAGCUGUGUAUAGCACUGGAGUGCAUAAUAUUGAUGUUCCUAAUGUUGAAUUUGCUUUAGCUGUAUAUAUCCACCCAUAUCCCAAAAACGUUUUGUCUGUUUGGAUCUAUGUUGCCUCCCUUAUACGUAACAGGUAAUUUUUUCAUUGUAUACUUUUUAUAUCAUGUAAAACUGUAAUUAGGAUAUGAGAAUAUUUUUAAGUGAUAGUGAUCAAUCGCAUCAGAAGAAAAUAUAAUUUGCAAAUGAAAUAAAAAUUUCCAACU